UCACAUCCCACACCAAACCGAAUUGGUUAUAAUACAUCAUCAAUUUGGUACUCAAUCAUUCAUCAUUCCAAAACCGUGUUGAUCACGUGCACGAAAGGACAACAAUCAAGCAUGCAUCAAAGAUACACCAUCGGUGCAUGAACACGAUUGCUUUAAUUAAAGCACACUUCACCUCCAGCACACUUCACUCCAAAUGUGCUUCUUUCGACCCGAAACUCGUUUUUUCGCCUCGAUGCCAACGCUAAACCCUGAAAUAUGACAUAAACGUGCAACCUAGCGUGAAAUCGGCUUAAAACACGAGAAUCAACAUCUCAAACGGCUCAAAAAUAGGGGUAAAAACAUGUGUAAUCAAUGGUCUAUCAUGCUGCCUAUCGAGUGUUGCGCUAUCUUAAGGGCGCACCUGGUCGCGACUUGUGGUUGUCAACGACUGGAGAACUUGUGUUGACAGCCUACUGCGACACUGACUGCGGAGGCUGUCAGCGUACCCGUCGCUCUACUACUGGGUACUUCAUUCAGCUGGGAAACAAUCCUAUUUCUUGGCGUACCAAGAAGCAGCCUGUUGUUGCACUUUCAUCAGCUGCAGCUGAGUAUAUAGCCAUGGCUAGUACUGUUAGUGAACUCAUCUGGCUUCGCUGGUUACUUAGUGAGUUGGGUGUGACCAACUCAUCUCCGACUCCGCUGCAUUGUGAUAACCAGGCAACUCUCCAUAUUUCUGCCAAUCCAGUAUUUCAUGAGCGUACGAAGCAUGUCGAGAUGGACUACUAUUUCGUUCGUGAACGAGUGACUUUUGGCGAGAUAGCUCCUCAGAAGAUAUCCUCCCGUGAUCAAGUUACUGAUAUGUUCACCAGAGGGUUAGGUGCGGAGCAUCUCAGUUUUCUGACCUCCAAGCUUGGCCUGCAUGAUAUCCAUGCCUUCGCUUGAGGGGGCGUGUUACAGAAUACGUACUAGUAGCUUUGUUGUGUACGUACCCGACGUGUCCGAGUGUUAUUUUAUUUUGUUUAAGGACUAUGCCAGCUAUUUGACAUUCCUAGUUACGUGGAGAAAGGGAUUGCCAACUAGUAUAUAUUGCUUUGUAAGUUGCUGCCGCAGCACAUAUUACUGAGAAGAACCCUAAUAAAACCUAAGAUGAAGACUCCUUGAGUGUGUCUUCCGUGGAUUAGUAUUGCUCGCUAAAGCAAGGUUAUCACGUAAAUCGUUGCGUUCGUAUUUUUAUCUUUGAUAUUUCUCAAUAUGUUUUGCCAUUCACGAAUGCUUGGAAAGAAACCCGCUUAUCUUCAACCGCGAGAUUGCACCAGAAAAGGGUACUGAUUUUGUCGUUUAAUUGUGCUGAUGUUAUGUUACCGAUCGGCAACUCUCAGCUGCUUUGUCCUUUGGUUACGUACUCUUGUACGCUAACUCCGUUGCCGCCGGCCACUAGAGAUACCAAAUGUUUCCCCUUUCGCAAUUCAUAAGGACGGAAACACAAGGCUACGACUCGAUUGGAGAUAUUCGUUCACCUUGAUACUGCCUUCUUAUUUUCUGUGUUACGCUCAAAUUUUAUGUAUCACUUUUGUAUAAAUAAUACAAACCUAGGCUUUUAUUAAUGAAAUCAAGUUAUAAAUUGUCCAGAAUUCUGUGGAUUUUCCCCCAAAUUGCUCUACUUACUAAAUUAAAUUUCUCAAAUACCCAAGAAUGUGGUUUAUUUUCUGAAAUGCCUGACUUCGGCAUAAAACACUGGUAUUGGAAGUGUUUUACUUAACAAAACGCCUCAAGUGGCAGCUCUUUACUUAAAACGCUGUGAUAAGAAGCUUUUUAUAUAAAACGCUUGCACUAGAAACGUUUCACACACAAAACUCCAUAAAUUGAUGAGUUUUUUCCUGAAACGGUGCGGAUUUUCGUUGGAACAAAACGCUAUUAGUUGAUGCUUUUUUAUGCUGCAUUUUCUAUCAACCGAAACGCGGAGGAUUCAGCUCCAAAUAAAUCUAACGAAUAUUUUCUGACCUAGUUUAUAUUCAGCUAGUUAAUAAACGGGUCAAGGUCGAAUUCAACUCGUUUACUAGAAACUUGUCAUAUGUUUGCCUCGAGUUCUAUUCGAGUUCGACUUGCAAUAAUUCUGGCCCUGAAUCUGGCUCAGGGACAAGUACAUACUCAUCUUCUGUGUUGUUUGGAGUGUUCUCUUUCUCUAUAUGAUAUUGUGCUGAUUGGGCUGACCUUAUUGGCUUAUCUAUAUGUCUCUGUUGGUUUUCAAUUUGGUCUCCUUGGUGGUGUUGAAAUUGUUCUUUCUUUAGUUGCUUUCUCGAUAAAAAUUUCCACCAUUAUACAAAAAAAAAAAAAAAAAAAUCCGCUCUCAUAAUCUUAAUUAUAAGACUUGCAAAAAUGUCGGAAGUAGCAGUAGCAGUAUGCAGACAAUAUCAAAAUGCAUAAACUCUAAGGUAGCAAAAUUCGCCUCCACGCACUUACCAAAAGCUCAGUAGUGAUGCCAACUUGCGCACCAUAAAGCCCGUCAUCAUGGACAACCCAAUAACUGUAACGGUUCAACUUACCAUGUUCGUACGCUACGAAAGAAAGACGGUUAUCUUCCACUGCUAAAUGGCACCAGAACAGCUCGAAGCUCCACUCGAACGUGGCCCUAACUGCGACCGCGUGAGCGCCAAGAUCGUCGUCUUUGGACGCACAAUGCACUAUCAGCAUCUUGCCGCUUAACCGGUUGGUAACCCGAACGGACCGCUGGAUCGAUGGACGCGCCAUGGCUACUAUUGUCGUCGCUAAAACAACCGUCGCUAGUAAGUUUUUGUGCACGGCCAUUUUAUAUGUGUGUAUCGUUACCCUGCGAGUAAUAUUCUGCCAGUGCUCUUAUAUGGUCAGUAAAUGAGGGUUAUUUAG